UGAAGAAGGCGGAGAGGAAACAGGGACCUUUAGCCUACGAGAGGCGAGUUCGGUGGUUUUAACAACGGCAAACACUUGGUUGUUGACAGGUUUGUGUUUGGCCAGCUUAAGUUUACGCUACCGGCAACGAUGUGUUUGGUAGUAGCCCUCCUAAUUCGUUAGAGCAUCACUAAUGAACAACAUCCGAACCAGACUCACUAGUCACCUUUAAUCCACUGGGAAGCCUGACAUCUCCAUCUACAGUAUGUUGUCUGCUACGUUGGCCAGGACAGCCCUGAGCAGAGGAGUUACUGCCCACCGCCUCACCAAGAAUGUCACUUUCUACAUGAACGAAUUAGCAUCUUCACCCUCAGGAUGUCAGAACCAAGCCUCUGAAGACCACAAACCCCUCAUGCUGAUGCUGCCUUGGUUGGGUGCUCGUCCCCAAGCUGUGGCCAAGUAUUGUGAAAUCUACUUCCGCACAGGCUUUGAUGUGCUUGUAGUGGAGAGUGAGGUGCAAGAGUUCCUGUGGCCUCGCUGGGGUCUGGAUCAUGGAAAGAGGUUGCUGGAGUUGCUCCAGAGUGAACGCUUUGCAUCCCGCCAACUACUUGUCCAUGCCUUCUCUAUCGGUGGCUACACAUUUACUCAGCUGCUGGUACAUGUAUCCCAGGAUGCACAGAAGUAUCAGUCACUUACAAACAGGAUCAAAGGCCAAGUCUUCGAUAGCUUGGUGGUGGGCACUCUGGAGACGAUGGCUACAGGUCUAGGUAAGACUAUAUUUCCUCAUUUGGAGACACUGGUAAAACAAGUUAGCAUGCUAUACUUUGGCAUGUUCAAACGCCAAACGGUGGACUACUUUAACACAGGCAUUGAUGUGUUUUGGAACACUCCCAUCCUUGCUCCUGCACUGUUCUUCUUUUGCGAGAACGACCCGUUAAGCGACGCACGAGCUACGGAGGAACUGAUCGAUUACUGGCAGAAGCGCGGGAUAAGCAUCACAGCAAAGAAGUGGGAGAAUUCAACACAUGCAGGUCACCUGAAGAGGCAUCCACAGGAGUAUCUGGUGACCCUAGAGUUGUUCCUUCAAGCAGUUCAGAUCACUCCACUGAGGGCCAAGAUGUGAGCUGGCUUCAUUACAACCUUAUGACAUAUUAGCUUUUCUUGUUUUCUGUAUUUAACCUGAAAUGUUUGUUAGCUUAUGGUGUGUUGCUGUAACUUUGGGAAAAUACAUUGGUUAAUGGUACAAAUCUGUUCAGUUGGGGGAAAAAAUCUCAUUCAUUCCUCAGUAAGCUAAAAAAGUGCAUUUCAGUUUCCUAUCAUGUCUUAUCAUCAAAUCCACACAUUAUCAUAAUAGUUGCUGACUAAUCAACUAAUCCUUGCACCUCUAUUCCAGUUUAAAUAAUAGACUCUUAAAAUAUUAAAUUUUAUAUAUAUACAUAUACAUAAUACAAGCAAGAAAAGGAUCUUAUAUCUCAACAAACUUUACAUCACAUUCUCCCUUAACAGCUUAGUUUAGCCCCAAACUCUAAUUUCCAAAGCAAAUGUGUUGGAUACUGUUGUUCAUUUGCAUUUUCAAAUUCAAAGCUAUUUUCAGAGAUGAACGCAGAUAAAGUCGGUGGAGACGUGAACACAGAUAGCCACACAUUUGCUCUAGGCAUCAUGAACUAAGGCAAGGCAGGACAGUUUUAUUUCUGAAACACGGUUCAUUCCAGGUAAAAGGAACAUGCUUUACAUUAAAGGUGCUAUGUUUUCUCUGCCACCACACGUGACUUCUUGCUGGGAGUCGGUGGUGGUGGUAGCGAUGACAGUGGUUUCUUGCUGAGAAUUCAGCCAUUGUUGCGUUUACAAGAUAAGAGGGUAGAAUACGCACUCUGGGCAGUGCAAUUUCUUCAUCCUCUCAUCCUGAACUAAUGCCAGACCUGACACUGCAGUGAUCGCUAUCGGAAAGUAGUAUUGUGAGAUGGGACAGGCCGGGGGUAGCUGGUUAGCAUGCUAACGUCAGGAGAUGAAAAGAAGUGAUAGAAAUAUAAGCUAAACAAUAGUUUACAUUGAUGUUGCUUUGUUUCUUCUACACUAGUAUGUAAACAGCUGUUGAUGCUAAUGUUGGCUAUGUCGCAAUAGCAAAAACUUCUCACUCACAGUCAGUGGGACUUCAGACACUCACAGUCUCAUUGUCUCAAAGUCAGACCACUCCAGUGGUCAAAUUCAUGUCAGUAAAUUCUCCCUGCUUGUUGUUUUGGAGUGAGAAUACAGAUGUUGUACAAAACAACAACAACAACAAAAACAGCUCUAAUGUGCUCAACUCCAAACUUGCAUUACUUGUAUAAACAAUUGCUAAGCUUUAGUUAAUACUGACAUUUUUAAUUGUUGAAAAUUAUUGUUCAUGUAAAUCUUGGUGCUCUUGAUUCCUAUUUAAUACAAUCAACACAGUAGACGUUUAUGAAGGAUUGUGUAUUCACUGUUACUGUAGGUGUGUCUCUCCAACGAAAAUUCUCUGGUAAACAGGAAGUGCUGCAGUUUUGUGUCCGGCAGCUGCAGGUAAUUUUGCACAGAAGAAAAACAAGAGAAAGAAUAAUUAGCUUGAAGGACUUUUCAAAACGUAUAAUUCAGUGACCUUAUCAACAGAAACUCUAAAAGAAAUGUUAAGAUGUUCUGAGCAAACUCAUCAACACACCAUCUAUUUUAACAUUGCCUGACACUUCCGUCUUUCAUCUUCUCUCCUCUUUUUACUGGGGGUUGAUUAUACUCUCAUCUCAGGUAGUAAACGUACUGAAUUGCUGCAUAUUACACUUGUACCUUCACAUUUCUCACAGGGGUAUUGUGACAGGGAACACGGGGAAAUGAAACCUGCUGUGUCACUUGUGAAACCAUCCAGUGUUUUCAUUGAACGUCACAGUUGGGAAGAUUUUAUGUUAAUAGUUAUAUUAUAAUAGAUUUAUAGCACAAUCCACACAUUGUUUUGUGUAGCAGAAAACGAGUCAUUGUACAUGGUCUGUUUUCUACUGUCUGUAAGCGAGAACAUAAUUGCCUCACUACAUAACCUUUCAUGUUUAUGUAAAAGAAAAAACAAAAAAUCUCCAGUGACCACUGAUUCUUUGCUGGAUACCAGUGCCUUGAAGAAUAUCUUUUCUUACACAAGAAAUUCCACCAUGUAGAUGUUUGUUUAACGUGCUUAACAAAAACCGUACAAUAACACUUUAAUACAUCCAGGAGUUGGAUGGUUUCUAUAGACAGACGUGUCUCAGCAGGCCUUUUGUUUUUAUACUGUUUCUUUACUAAGCAAUUUGUACUGCACUGAUAACUUGUGGUAUCCAUCUGUAAUUUGGGUGUUGGCCAAAGUUGUCAGAUCUUUAUGAAGGUUUAUCUGUUUUCACUUUUUCUUUUAAUAUUAGUCCUAUUUCUGUGUGUGUUACAUUAUACCAGUUAACCUCCAGGAAGGCACAGUGAGCCUCAGUGGUACAUCUGUUUCAACAAACAGUACUUUCUCAAACUACCACUACUCGUGGCAAGUUACGAGUUACAACUUGAAAACUAACAAUAGCUCAGUUUAGAAAUUUCCACAGUUUUAACGUUUUAUGAAUGAAUGAAAUGUCUGUUGAAGGUGGUUGUUGAACAUGAAAUGGUGCCUGGUUGUAAAGCUUUGAGUCAGUUGCAAUUACAUUCAAGAAAUAGUUUGUUUAAACAUUUUCUCUUCUCUUGUGUGUGUUUUGGAAAUAAAUAUGAGGACAUGUU